AUGCUUAAUUUUAUUCUGGGGAUCUCGUCACGUCUUCCUGCUCUCACAAAGAACUUCAACAACUUUACACCAGUGAGGUUUAAAUACGGAAUGAAGUCAAGAGGUGCAUUGUCAAAUAGAAUCAUAAGAACUUCGUCAGGAGGGUUGGUAAGGAAAAAGUGUGGAACUAACCAUGGUAAUGGUAGGUUUUGCGUCUCUUCACUCAAACAUUUGAGAAAAGUGGUGCCCAUCACUCAGAAAACAUAUUUGAAGAAAUACUUGCAAGCUGUGAAAGCAUGA